AUGAAUGAUACACAUACAACAGAGAAUGUAAAAGACUUAACUUGGGUUGGACUUAUUUCUCGAGCGGUGACGAAUGGAAAACUCCUCGGUUCGACAUGCCAUUUAUACUCGUCAAAUACAAUCGACAAGGAUACAAAUAAUCCAGACCCUUGUGUGUGUGGUCGUCGGAAGAGUAUUCAUAGUUUUGCGCAAGAUCCACUUACCCAUCUUCGUCAGAGUAGCGUUUGGGAAGAAUCAAAACAUGCUACUGAAACCCACGUUUCGGUAUACGGCGUUUGGAAGAGUAAAACGAAGUUUGUACGUUGGGACCAUACACGAAUCAAAACAACUGCAGACGUCGUGAGUAAUCGGACGGAGAAAACAAGUCUUUCGACUAUGGCUGAAAUACUACGUGAUGAUGCGAAAGGUAGCACACCGGAUUUACUCAUUAGUUGCUAUGGCGGUGCAAAAUAUUUCAAGAUGAAUGAUAAACUAGAGAAAGAAUUCAUGGAAGGUAUCGGCCUUGCUGCUGCUACUGAAGGUGUUUGGUUGUUAACUACUGGUUUGAAUAGUGGAGUGUCCAAAGUAAUCGGUCAAAGUGUUGAACGCUAUGCGUUACUGAACGAAAAAGCAUCAAAUUAUAUUGUCAUUGGGCUUAGUAGUUGGGGCUGUUUAUCUGACCGUACACGUUAUGUUCUUAAAAAACAGGCACAAUUAGAUCUCGCUAAAAACCAAACCAGACGCACAAGCGUUCCGAAAAUGGCCGGAGCAUUUGUGAUUCGAAAUAUCAGUAACGAAGAUACUUUAUGGUCAACAAUCGAUGAAAAUCAGCCCGAUACGUUUGAAACCAAUCACACUCAUUUGCUGUUACUUGAUGAUGGUAGUCAGGGCGAACGUCGUACAUCGGCAGGGACUGAACCAUUCUAUAUUUCCGAUACUCCACGCUCCGACUUCGUUCGCCAAGUGAAAGAACUAACUAAGUGUCACACAGUUACAAUUCUCGUUGAAGGUGGCCUAAGUUCUCUCGAUGUUAUUCAACACGAUAUCAAUGCACAACGUCCCGUUGUCAUUAUACAUGGUAGUGGUCGAUUAGCUACUGCUAUAGGAAACUUAUUAGAACUAGCUGCCGAUCAUACAUUAAUUGGAAAAGAGGAGAUCAAACGUCAAUUGAGGAGUUUUGCAAAACAACGGCAUCUAGAUGACGCACUCCUCUCAAGCAUUCAAUCAACAAUAGCACCAGCAAAUCGAGCGUAUUUAACUUUAUUUCGACUCGACGACAAAACCAGUCUUACAGAUACGAUUUUCCUGGCUGUUUUCAAAGGCAAGUAUUGUAAUUGCCAAUUUCAUCAUAGUACACAUCUUCAUUCGGGAUAUAUAGCAUACAUGCAUCGAGAAAACACUCAACGAACUGGUAACAGUAAUCAUAUGAAGAAAAUGCUAGAUCUAGCUGUUAAGUGGAAUUAUAUCAACGGUAUAGUGCAGAAUACUAAAAUUAUUCUAAACAAUGCAGGAUGGAGUGCCGAUUUAUUUGAGAGAGCACUUUUGACUAAUCGUCCUGCAAUUGUCGAUUAUUUUCUUCGUAGACAGCACGAUAUACUUGAAACAAAAGAAUUUCUCAAUUCCAAACCGAAUAGUACAUCAGACAUGGCUGCGAUGUUUCGAGCUGCGACGACAACGAUGCAAAUUGGCAAGACUAAAACAAACAUUGAACUUCAGGUUUCAACACCCGGUGAAAUAACUACUCAAGAAAAGGAUGAAGCAAUGCUACGCGCUUCGUUUUCUCUCAAAUUUAUUGUUACUCAAUUAUACGCUAUGACGACGAAUAGAUAUAUUCAAAGUUCUUAUUCUGUAUGUUCGCCUGCCGAUCUCGAUCGACUCUAUUAUAAGUUGAUUGGACCUUACACGGAGUCAUUUUUUUACAAACUAACAACAAGAAACCGUCUAGCGAACGACAUUCGUAACAAACUUCGCUCUCUCCUAACGCGAUUUAAAUAUCUGACGAGAAAGUCAACAGUAGUGCCGCUUCAAAGACCAGAUGAGCGAAAUAUGGACGGUUUUCCAGAGAACAGCACAGAAAAAAAUGUUUCUCCUAUAAUAGUUAUGGCUAGACCAGAUCCACUCCAGGUGUGCUUAGAACGUUUUCCUGCUCCUGACACGUUCGGUAGUCAGGAAAUGUUACGUGAGAUUUUCCUAUGGGCAGUCAUCGAAGGAUACUCGGAAAUGGCAUUUAUUCUAUUACUUCAAAUCAAAUCUCGCAUCAGUGCAGCACUCAUAGCUGCCGGUAUUACCAGUCGUUUGAUGUCAACUUCGGAUGGAUAUCUUGAUCGAUUACAUAAGUUUCGAAAACAAUCCAGUGACUACGAACGAUUUGCUACGGCAUGUAUCGAUGAUUGUUAUCAACGAAAUGAACGCCGAGCUUGUCAAUUACUCUUACGUGAGACUCCUCUCUUCGGAAAUGUAACUUGUAUGCAAAUCGCAAUAAGUUCCCGUAUUCGAUCAUUUAUUAACAGUCGAUGUUUUAACCAAGUACUCAAUCGACAAUGGUAUGGAGUUUUGUGUCAAUCGACAAAUCGUUCAUUACUGUCCAAGAUCUUAUUCAUCAUGAGCCUUUUCUCGAUGGGUCUUCUCGCUCCAUUAUUAAUUACCUAUCGGAAUGAUUUUCCCGAGGAAAAUCGACCGAGACAGUUCAAUAUUUCUACUGAGGAAAAAGAUGUAUUACUCAAACAACGUCGUUGGGAAGGUAUCGAAGAUCAAGAUGGGACAAAAUUGAAUUAUAUUCAAAAAGUUCGGCACUUUCAUCGUACACCUAUCGUCCGAAUGAGUUACGAUUUCCUAUUCUAUAUCUGGAUGCUUCUUGCUUUCAGUAACGUGAUGCUAUUCGAAAUGAAAUCUCCACAUAGCGAAUUACAUUGGACAGAGAUCUACGUCCUCGUCACCAUAUCUUUGAUGUUGAUCGAAGAUAUUCGAAAGUGUCUCAUGGAAUACAUAACACAAAUGUUAGAGCGAUGGCAUCAAGCUGAUAUGUGGAUGAUAUUCGUAUAUGCACCACCGUACGUUUUAUUUUACAUUGGUAUUGCAUUGAAAUUUGCUUCGAAAACUCGACCAGACUUUUUCACACCUGCCAGAAUUGUUUUAGCAAUUGAUUUAGAAUUAUGGUUUUUAUUUUCCUUACGUUUUGUAAGUGCUGUUAAACUUCUCGGACCAAAACUAUUCAUGAUUAGAAAUAUGUUACGUGAUUUGACUGGAUUCGUUUACAUCAUAUUUGUUUGUAUUGCUGCCUAUGGUAUCGUCUCGCGGUCACUGACAAGAUAUUCAUCAAUCGAAAUGAAUGCGAAAAAUCUAUCAAGUAGCAUUCUGUAUCGACCCUAUUGGUUUCUGUAUUCAAUUGUUGACGAUGAAAGAAACGAGCUAGAUGGUAUUAUUGAAUCACCAUUGAGUAGUUCGGAUGCUGUAUCCGAAGCAACCGUCAAUCAAAUGUUACUUGCUUUUCAUAUGCUUUUUAUUAACAUUCUGAUCCUGAAUCUACUGAUUGCUGUUUUCAAUUUUACUAUUAUGGAUGUUCAAGAUAAAUCUGAAUAUCUCUGGCGUUAUCAACGAUAUGAAUUAAUUCGAAAUUAUUUCGAACAACCCCUAUUAGCUUUUCCGCCUUUGUCGAUUGUGGGUUACUUUUGGACAUUGAUCAAAUAUUGUCUUCGACGUCGAGAUGUUGCGCGGAUAUUCAAACGUUUUGCUACUAAACAAUCGAAUAACGAAUGGACAAACUUUGAGAAUGCAGCUACGUAUAGCUAUACUCGAACUUUUGUCGAUCGAAUGUACGCUGAUAGUUCGACGCUCGUCAUACCAACGUUCUCGGAAACGGAUGAAUUGAAAGCGGAAAUCGAAAAUUUGAAACGUAAAAAUAAUGAAAUGCGUGUUGUCAUCGAUAAUUUGAAUGCUCAAUCGAAAUUGUCGAUCUCGGCUAUGAAUUGGAUGAUGACUGCGAUGGACCGAGUUAAAAUGUCGUCUCAACGACCACCACUAUUGGUGUCUGCCUCUCCAUUAGAUACACGAGACGAAAUAUAA